CCGCUGCUGUCCUAAUCUGGGUUUCCGGUGUUAUGGCCGCUUGCAGAGAAGGGCGACAGUAAUGCGGGGUAUUUGGAAAUGACCGCGUGUGUUUAGGAUGGCGGUGACCCAGCUGUUUCGACUGGUUAUCUGUCGGUCGGCAGCUCGUGCGACGCUUCGCGUGCACAGGAGGUACAGCAAGGUGUGCCCAGCUUCAUCUGAGCGACUGCGAGUCUUUGAGUCCUUCAGGGCAAAACAUAGCAAUAAGAGGAGAUUUGAAGUUCCAGAAACUCUCCUCACUAUCCGACUGGCUGACGGCCGGACAGUAAAGGGAACAGCUGGUGUCACCACACCUCUCUUUGUUGCUCAGAGUGUCCGUGUGAAAGGUGCGCUGGUCAGUAAGGUGAAUGGAGAGUUGUGGGAGCUUGGACGGCCCCUAGAGGCAGACUGCGAACUACAACUUCUGGGGUUUGACACAGUUGAAGGAAGACAGGCGGCAUGGAGGACAGGAGCGUGCGUCCUGGGUGGAGUGUUGGAGAAGGUAUUUGGUGCCGAGGUGUGCAGAGAAGGAGCAUCGGAGCUCGGGCUUUACUGCGACCAUCUGCUGGACAACAGUGCCUUGCCUCUGAGUGAUGUGGAGGACAGAUGUAAACAGGCUGCAGCCCUCAAACUUCCUCUGUCCAGACUGGAGCUGAAUACAGAAGAGGUCCAAGAGCUCUUCCAGAACAGUAAGCUAAGAAUGCAGCUUGUUGAGGAGCAGAUGAAUGGCCCCACCAUCACAGUAUACAGGUGUGGAGACAGUAUAGCGGUCUGCAACAGCCCCCUCCUCCCACACACUGGCCUCCUCAAGGUCUUCAAGACAAUCCAGCUGUCGCCCGUGACUCUGGCCAAUCAGACAGAGUCCUCAGGUUUGAUGCGUCUUUUAGGUGUAGCCUUUCCAGGAGAGAAGGACAAGGAGGAGUGGGAGAGGGAGCAGGAGGAGGCGAGGAGAAGGGACCACAGACGCAUAGGGACGGACCAGGAGUUGUUCUUCUUUAAUGAUGUAAGUCCAGGCAGCUGCUUUUUCCUGCCUAAAGGAGCAUACAUCUACAACACCCUCACUGACUUUAUUAAGAGUGAAUACCGAAGGCGAGGAUUCAACGAGGUUGUGACCCCAACCCUGUACAGCACUGCAUUAUGGGAGCGCUCGGGCCACUGGGAACACUACAGCGAGAACAUGUUCACUGUGACAUCAGAGGGCUCUCAGACCUACGCUCUCAAACCCAUGAACUGUCCUGCGCACUGUCUUAUGUUUGAGCAGCGUGUUCGCUCGUGGAGGGAGCUUCCUCUGCGAUGGGCCGACUUUGGGGCGCUGCAUCGAAAUGAGCUCUCCGGAGCGCUGGGAGGUCUCACUCGUGUUCGAAGGUUCUGCCAGGACGAUGCUCACAUCUUCUGCACACCUGAGCAGCUGGAAGAAGAGAUUGUGGCAUGUUUGGAUUUUGUGAAGAGUGUGUAUCAAGUUUUUGGAUUUUCCUUCCACUGCCUCCUGUCUACACGUCCUACACCAUGCCUCGGGGAGCCUGAACAAUGGGAUAAUGCUGAGCAGCAGUUGGAGAGGAGUCUGCAGCACUUUGGUGAAUGUUGGGAGUUGAACCCAGGAGACGGAGCCUUCUAUGGACCAAAGAUUGACAUCCAGAUCAAAGAUGCUAUUGGCAGACAACACCAGUGUGCCACAAUCCAGUUGGACUUCCAGCUGCCGAUCAGAUUUGAUCUUCAGUAUGUCGGUCGGGACGGACAGUUGCACAGGCCAGUGAUGAUCCACAGGGCAGUGCUGGGAUCACUGGAGAGAAUGAUCGCUAUACUGGCUGAAAACUUUGGAGGGAAAUGGCCACUGUGGUUGUCCCCAGCGCAGGUCAUGGUAAUUCCUGUUGGGGGCAACAGUGAGUCAUACAGCAAACAGGUGGUCCGGCAGUUCUGUGAAGCUGGCUUCAUGGCAGAUUUGAAUGAUGAUCAGGGAGCAACCUUAAAUAAGAAGAUUCGCUCUGCUCAGCUGGCCCAGUACAACUACAUAUUUGUGGUGGGGGAUAAGGAGAGUGAGAGUGGAACGGUAAAUGUGAGGAGCAGAGGGGGUAAACAGCUUGGGAGGAGGCCGACAGAGGAGGUGCUUACAUCCCUCACCCAGCUACGAGACACGAGGAGCAACCUAGACGAGUUUUAAUGGAAAAAGUCCUGGAAAGAAGGAGUCAUUGAUGUAAUAAAUGUUUGUUUUACAUGUUCAAGCUGUUAUACUUUGGCUUUGUCUGAAGAGAUGGCUGCUAAAAUUUGUAAUUAAAGUAUAUAAAAGAUUCCUUA